CUUAUUAUCAUCAUACAACUUUUCUCAUAUAUUCUAGACUUCUGCUUCACAUCCUUAGUAUUCCAGCACAAAGGUCCCAAACUUCCGCUUCAUAUAAUCUAAACUUUCAUGGCUACGCGGCUUUUCUCUCUAAAGAACCAUCCAAAGUGCACCCUCGACCCUACCUUUCAAGGUGCCUUACCAAAAUGCAAAUUGAACAAAAAAACCAAAAAUUUUAUCUUCCAAUACAAGCCCUGUUUUCCAAGUUCAUCAACAUGUAUCAAACGUUCAACAUCCUUGUCAAGUUUAACUCCACAGCUAGAAGAAGCUUUAGUUUUAGAAGAAGACGAAAGGCCUCUUUGCCAAAUCUGGAAGGAAAUUCAGGGCUGCAACGAUUGGGAUGGACUACUAGACCCCAUGAAUCCUCAUCUCCGCAGAGAAAUCAUCCGCUAUGGUGAAUUUGCACAAGCAUGCUAUGAUUCUUUCGACUUUGAUCCUCACUCCAAGUACUGUGGUUCCUGCAAAUACCACGGAGCCCAUUUCUUUGAAAAGCUUGGAAUGGCAGACCGUGGCUACCAAAUCAGUAGAUACCUCUAUGCUACCUCGAAUAUCAAUCUCCCAAACUUUUUCCAGAAAUCUAAUCUAAGCAGUGUAUGGAGCACCCAUGCAAACUGGAUGGGGUACGUAGCCGUAUGCACUGACGACGAUGAGAUCAAACGGCUAGGAAGACGCGAUAUUGUCAUUUCUUGGAGAGGUACCGUAACAUACCUUGAAUGGAUUUAUGAUCUCAAAGAUAUUCUUCAUCAAGCAAAUUUCACCAAGGACCCUUCUAUUAAAAUGGAGUUGGGGUUUUAUGACUUGUACACCAAGAAAGAAAACGCUUGCAACUAUUGCUCAUUUUCGGCUCGUGAACAAGUGUUGGCUGAGAUUAAAAGGCUUCUUGAAUACUAUGAUGGAGAAGAAAUUAGCAUUACAAUCACAGGGCAUAGCCUUGGGGCAGCUUUGGCUUUAAUUACAGCUUAUGAUAUUGCGGAAUUGGGGCUUAAUCUUGUUGAAGAAGGAGAGCUUAGCAAUAAAGUACCAAUUACAGUUUACUCUUUUGCCGGUCCUCGAGUAGGCAAUCUUAAGUUUAAGGAAAGGUGUGACGAGCUAGGAGUUAAGGUACUUAGAGCUGUAAAUGUGCAUGAUAAAGUACCAACAGUGCCAGGGAUUUUUGCUAAUGAGAAGCUUCAAUUUCAAAAGUAUUUAGAAGAGGCUGUAUCUUUUCCUUGGAGUUAUGCACAUGUCGGGGUGGAAUUGGCAUUGGAUCACACCUGUAGCCCAUUUCUCAAGUCCACCAACGACCUUGCUUGUGCACACAAUCUUGAGGCCCAUUUACACUUGCUCGACGGCUACCAUGGGAAAGGGCGACGGUUUUGCUUGGCUAAUAAAAGGGACAUUGCCCUUGUUAACAAGGAUAGCAACUUCUUGAAGAGCGAUUAUGGGGUGCCACCCUAUUGGCGGCAGGACGAGAACAAAGGAAUGGUAAGGAAUAGCGAUGGCCGUUGGGUUUUGCCGGAGAGACCCAGAGUGGAGGCCCAUCCACAUGAUAUCUCCCACCACCUUGAAAAAAUCCUUAAGGUUGCUUCGACUUCUUCACAAUCGAAAGAUGCAUAAUGUUUCGUAGUAGUUAGACACUGAUGUUUGAUGUCAAUGCUCAACUAUGAAGAUUCUUUUUUUUCUUUCUUCUUUUGUGGUUUUGUUCUUGUGCCCCAUAAUUUGUACAUUUUAAAUCUGCACUUACUCAUUGCGCCAUUUUCUUUGAUAUGAUAAGACAUAACACAGAAAUGUGGACCUCCAUUGAUUAUUUUCUUUA